AUGUCAAGGCAGGACAAAGCAACGACUGAGAGACAUACAAAAACUCUCAGAGAACUUGUAAAACGUCCAGAAAACAAGCUAUGUGCUGACUGCAAGCGUAACGAUCCUAGAUGGGCGUCCUGGAAUUUGGGCGUAUUUCUUUGUAUAAGAUGUUCUGGAAUACAUCGCGGCAUGGGCACGCAUAUCAGUAAAGUCAAAUCCGUGGAUCUUGAUGCAUGGACGCCAGAGCAGAUGGAAUCUGUCCAGAAAUGGGGUAACCGUUUGGCUAAUCUAUACUGGGAAUCACAUCUGAAGGCGGGCCAUAUUCCCCCUGAUCACAAAAUGGAAUCUUUUAUUCGCUCAAAAUACGAGUCCAGACGUUGGGCUAUGGAGGGCCCACCUCCCGCUGAUCCUUCGGUUUUGGACGAUGAACAACCAACCCAAGUUGCAGGUGCUCCGAUUUCCCAAGCUUCCCCACCCCCGCCACCACCCGCCACCACUUCACGCCAAGCAGUGCCACCAACGACUAAUAGACAACCUCAAGGACACCAGUUACUCUCUACUGGCCUCGUGAACCAACAUCAUCCUCGUGCAACGUCUACUACUCCUCAAGCUGCACCUGCACCCUCUCAGCCGCCCGCGAAGGGACCAGAAAAUGACUUGUUCUCCCUUGAUUUCCAUUCACCACCCUCCGCAUCUCCUGUGAACAAUGGUUCCGCUUCUCAAGCUUCCAAGAAAGAUGCCAAACAGGAUAUUCUUUCUCUUUUCUCUGCACCAUCUACCCAGGCUGCACCUUCCAUGGGAAUGGCGCAGUUUGGCGGUGCUACAGCGCAGCCUUCACCUUGGGCUACCGCUCCCGCCCCCAACCAAACGAACGUACAAUCCACCAACAUGAUGGGCACAAGUGGGACUGGCAUGUGGGGCGCGAACUCAGGCUGGACUGGACCGAUAACACCAGCUCAGCACAAUGUGUGGGGAACUCCACCAUCACUUCCCGUAGCGCAACAACAGCCCAACUUGUUUGCUAGUAGCAAUGAUAUCUGGGGAGGAGGUAAUCAACAGCCCGAUCCUUUUGGUUCUUUUGGGACUGCCACGACGACUGCGCAGAAGAAAGAUGAUACCUUUGGGGAUAUAUGGGGAGGAUUCAAGUAG